AGACAGCGCCUGGCUCUCAAGAUGAACGUUUCCGCCGCCAUGGCCGACUCUCAGGACUUGCUGGCGCUGGAGCGCGAGGUGACGGAUGAGCUGGGCAUCUCCAUGGAGGAGCUCCGCCAGUUCAUCGACGAGGAGCUGGAGAAGUCGGAGCAGAUCCGGCAGCGGAAGGAGGAGCUGAAGCGCCUGGAGGAGUACGUGAAGCGGAAGGAGGACGAAGUGGCUCUGGUGGACCAGCUCCUGGACAACGCCGUGAAAGCUGUUGACCAGUGUGAAGUGAUGGUGAAAGAUGUCUACACCAACCUGGGACUGGAGUAUCGCGAGACGGACUCAGAGGAGGACAACGCGUCUUCCAAGCCAAUGGAAGUGAUCGAGAUCCCGGACGAAGACGAUGAUGUCAUGAGUGUGGAUUCUGGUGACGCAAGUAACAAAACCGCAAAGGACCAGUCUUUGCUUCGAGAAGCCAUGGCUGCCAUGAGGAAGUCGGCUCAGGACGUGCAGAAAUUUAUGGAUGCGGUGAACAAAAAGUCCGGCAGCCUGGACUCCCAAAGAGUCAGCCCUGGAUGCGAAAUCACCCAAGAUGGAGACCUGGUGGUGGGCGACCGCGUCUUGGGCAAGAAGCGGACCAAGACCUGGCACAAGGGGACGCUGAUCGCAAUCCAAGCCGUAGGGGCCGGCAAGAAGUACAAAGUGAAGUUCGACAACAAAGGAAAGAGCUUGCUGUCGGGGAACCACAUCGCAUACGACUAUCAUCCAUCGGGCGAGAACCUGAACGUCGGGAGCCGGGUGGUGGCCAAAUACAAGGAUGGGAACCAGAUGUGGCUGUACGCGGGCAUCGUGGCCGAGACGCCGAACAUCAAGAACAAAAUGAGGUUCCUGAUCUUCUUCGAUGACGGUUACGCCUCUUAUGUCGUCCAGACUGAGCUGUACCUGAUCUGCCGGCCACUCAAAAAGUCUUGGGAAGACAUCGAGGACAUUUCCUGCCGGGAUUUCAUCGAAGAGUACGUCACGGCCUACCCCAACCGCCCCAUGGUUCUGCUCAAGAGCGGCCAGCUCAUCAAAACGGAGUGGGACGGGACCUGGUGGAAGUCCCGGGUGGAGGAAGUCGACGGGAGCCUGGUCAAAAUCCUCUUCCUGGAUGACAAGCGCUGCGAGUGGAUCUACCGAGGCUCAACCCGCCUGGAGCCCAUGUUCAGCAUGAAGACCUCCACGGCGUCCACCCAGGAGAAGAAACAAGGGGGACAAAUGAGGACCCGGCCGAAUGUUGGUGCCGUCCGGAGCAAAGGUCCAGUGGUUCAGUACAUCCAUGACUUAACCGGAACCAGCACACCAUUUAAGCCCCUGGAGCAGCCCCCGAUGCCGAUUAUGGUGUCGCAGCCAGUUUCACCUCAGUUUGUCGACGUGGACAGUCCAGAGAGCCAGCUGGCCCAGUCCAAAAAGCAACAGGUGGCCAAGAAGAGCACUUCGUUCCUGCGUCCGGGCUCAGUCGGAUCGGGACCGUCUUCCCCGCCUUCUCCUGUCCUGGGCGAACCAGGUCCCGUCGCGAGGACUGGGGUGACCCAGCAAUUUCGGUAA